AUGAUGGCCUUGAAGAUCUCUCUGCUGCUGGUGUCCCUGCUGCUGGCCCUGGUGCUAGGGGAGAAGGAAGAGCCCAGCUCCAGGUGGGCAGGAUUCCACCCUAAGGUCAGUGGCUCCCAACCUCGAGGCCCCAGGUAUGCUGAGGGGACUUUUAUAAGUGACUACAGUAUUGCCAUGGACAAGAUCCGCCAACAGGACUUUGUGAACUGGCUGCUGGCACAAAAGGGGAAGAAAAGCAGCUGGAAACACAACCUCACCCAGAGGGAGGCCCCAGCUCUGGAGCAGGCCCUUCAAUCUGGCAAGAAGAAGGAGGCUGGGGAGCUGCCGGGCUCUGCACGCAAGGACCUGAGUGGUGAAGAUUUGUUGAAGGACCUACAGUGUGAAGAGCUGCUGGCUUGGGUGGUGGACCAGGCAAACCUCUGCAGGCUCAGGGAGCUCUGGGUGACCUGCUGGAGGCUGGGGUGGGAGUGGCGGGAGUCGUGGGAAGCUCAGAAAUUCGAGGCGCCCGCGGGGACGGGGAGCCGAGGGAGCACGAAGCGGCUAGUGGUCCGCACGCCGGUCUUCCCUGCCGUCGGGUUUCGCGGGGGCCCAGCCACCUGCAAAGGCGGGGCCGAGGACCCGAGCAGCGGGAGCCCUGCGGCCGCGGCAGGAAGUAGGCGACGGGCUUCCGGCGCGCGGAGUUGA